CACCACCUCCUCCGUGCACAUCCCCGGGCGACCGCGCCACAAGCACCACGUCCUCAGAAGGCCCCUCCAGUCUGGCCGCUACCGGUUGGGGCGUUUGGCAAGUGGCCACCUGAGGCUGACUGUGCUGCCUGAGGACCGGCUACAGAUGAAGUGGAGAGAGUCGGAGGGGAGCGGCCUCGGCUACCUGGUGCAGGUGCAGCCCAUGGCAGGGGACUCGGAACAGGAGGUGAUACUGACCACCAAGACCCCUAAGGCCACAGUGGGGGGCCUGAGCCCCUCCAAGGGCUACACGUUGCAGAUCUUCGAGCUCACUGGCUCUGGGCGCUUCCUGCUGGCUCGGAGGGAGUUUGUGAGUAAGUCCACGGGGUACUGCCAGCUGGUUGAGGAUCUGAAGAGUAGCUCCUUGGACAGGAACAACCAGAGACCUCUCAGCAAUGGAGCCCCGGAGCCCACCCCCUCCCUCAUGGGGAGCUCAGACCCUGAGCAGGCUUCCGAGCCCCGAGUUGCCUUUGUGCCAAGCCGGGAUCCGCCAUUCCUGGUGGGUCAGAGUGGAGGGAGAGCACUGUCCCUGCCCCACCAGGCACUGUCCCUGCAAGACUCUGGGGAGCGCCAGGCUGGGGGGAAGGUGAUCUGGGGGCUGGGGCCAGGCCGGGAGCAGUUUGGGGUCUUGGACCAGGGAUGGGCUUCACCUAACACCUCACCCGCUCCCACCACCCCAGCCAGCCCCCAGUUCCGCUGCCUACCCCCUGUGCCUGCUGACAUGGUCUUCCUGGUGGACGGGUCCUGGAGCAUCGGCCACAGUCACUUUCAGCAGGUCAAGGACUUCCUGGCCAGCGUCAUUGCACCCUUUGAAAUCGGGCCGGAUAAGGUCCAAGUAGGCCUGACUCAGUACAGCGGCGAUGCCCAGACUGAGUGGAACCUGAACUCCUUCGGCACCAAGGAGCAGGUGCUGGCAGCUGUGCACCGCCUCCGCUAAGGGGGGAACACGUUCACAGGCCUCGCCCUGACCCAUGUGCUGGGGCAGAACCUGCAGCCGGCGGCCGGCCUCCGUCCAGAGGCGGCCAAGGUGGUGAUUCUGGUGACGGACGGCAAGUCCCAGGACGAUGUGCACACUGCUGCUCGUGUCCUCAAGGACCUGGGCGUGAACAUCUUCGCUGUGGGUGUGAAGAACGCCGACGAGGCUGAGCUGAGGCUCCUGGCGUCCCCGCCGCGGGACAUCACCGUCCACAACGUGCUGGACUUCCCGCAGCUUGGCGCACUGGCUGGCCUGCUCAGCCGCCUCAUCUGCCAGAGGCUGCAGGAUGGGGGCCCGCGGCGGGGCCCAGCAGCGGCUCCAGCCCUGGACACCCUCCCCGCCCCCACCGGCCUGGUCCUGAGCCAGGUGACCUCCUCCAGCAUCCACGUGUCCUGGACUCCAGCCCCCCGGCUCCCCCUCAAGUAUCUGAUUGUUUGGCGAGCCUCCAGAGGUGGCACCCCCAGGGAGGUGGUGGUGGAGGGGCCUGCCGCCUCCGCAGAGCUGCACAACCUGACCUCCCGCACGGAGUACCUGGUCUCCGUGUUCCCCAUCUACGAGGGCGGGUUGGCGAGGGCCUGCGGGCCUGGUGACCACAGCACCUCUGUCUCCGCCCGGGCGCUGACCCUGGCCACAGUGACUCCCAGAACCAUCCACCUCACCUGGCAGCCCUCGGCCGGGGCCACCCACUACCUGGUGCGAUGCUCACCUGCUUCCUCCAAGGGUGAGGAGGAGGAGCGAGAGGUGCAGGUGAGGCGGCCCGAGGUGCUGCUGGAUGUGGAACCAGGCAGGGACUAUGAGAUCUCGGUGCAGAGCCUGCGAGGCCCUGAGAGCAGCGAGGCCCGGGGCAUCCGUGCCAGGACCCCCGUCCUGGCCCCCCCGAGACACCUGGGCUUCUCAGACGUGAGCCACGACACAGUGCGGAUGAUCUGGGAGGGCGCCCCAAGGCCUGUGCGCCUGGUCAGGGUCACCUGUUCCAGCGAGGGUGGACACUCGGGCAGACAGAGACUCCUGGGAAUGCCACCCUCGGCCGUGCUGGGGCCCCUCUCUUCCUCCACCACCUACACUGUCCGCGUCACCUGCCUCUACCCUGGGGGUGGCUCCUCUACGCUGACUGGCCAGGUCACCACCAAGAAAGUUCCCAGCCCAAGCCAGCUGUCCAUGACGGAGCUGCCAGGGGACACAGUCCAGCUGGCAUGGGUGGCCGCGCCCAUCUGGGUGCUUGUCUACCAGAUCAAGUGGACGCCCCUGGGAGAGGGGAAGGCUCACGAGAUCUCUGUCCCAGGGAACCUCGGCACGGCCGUCCUGCCUGGCCUAGGGAGGCACACGGAGUAUGACGUCACCAUCCUGGCCUACUACAGGGAUGGCGCCCGCGGUGACCCUGUGUCCCUCCGCUAUACCCCCAUUACACAGAGCAGGGAGCCCCCCUCCAACCUGGCCCUGGCCUCGGAGACCCCCGACAGCCUGCAGGUCAGCUGGACACCCCCACGUGGCCGCGUGCUCCACUACCGGCUCACCUACACGCCCUCUGGCUCAGGACCGGAGAAAUCCGUCUCCGUGCCAGGACCCAGGAGCCACGUGACACUCCCCGACCUGCAGGCAGCCACCAAGUACAGGGUCCUGGUCUCAGCUGUCUACGCAGCAGGCAGGAGUGAGGCUGUGUCUGCCACCGGCCAGACAGCCUGCCCAGCCCUCCGCCCGGACAGCUCCCUCCCAGGGUUUGACCUGAUGGUGGCCUUCGGCCUGGUGGAAAAGGCUUACGCUUCCAUCCGGGGCGUGGCCAUGGAGCCCUCUGCCUUCGGUGGGACCCCAACCUUCACGCUUUUCAAGGACGCCCAGCUGACAAGACGGGUCAGUGACGUCCACCCAGCCCCGCUCCCUCCAGAGCACACCAUCGUCUUCCUUGUGCGCGUGCUUCCCGAGACGCCCCGUGAGGCCUUUGCGCUGUGGCAGAUGACGGCCGAGGACUUCCGGCCCGUCCUCGGGGUUCUGCUGGACGCCGGGAGGAAGUCCCUGACCUACUUCCACCGCGACCCCAGGGCUGCCUUGCAGGAGGCCACCUUCGACCCGCAGGAAGUGAGGAAGAUUUUCUUCGGGAGCUUCCACAAGGUGCACGUGGCUGUGGGCCGCUCCAAGGUCGGGCUCUAUGUGGACUGCCGAAAGGUGGCUGAGCGGCCCCUCGGGGAGGUGGGCAGCGCGCCCUCUGCCGGCUUCAUCACACUGGGGAGGCUGGCCAAGGCCAGGGGCCCCCGGAGCAGCUCAGCCGUGUUUCAGCUCCAGACACUGCAGAUCGUGUGCAGUGACACCUGGGCCGACGAGGACCGGUGCUGUGAGCUCCCUGCCUCGAGGGAUGGAGAGACCUGCCCGGCCUUCGUGUCUGCCUGCUCCUGUUCCUCAGAGACCCCUGGGCCCCCAGGGCCCCAGGGACCCCCAGGCCUCCCUGGGAGGAACGGCACUCCGGGAGAGCAGGGCUUCCCCGGGCCCAGGGGUCCACCAGGGGUCAAAGGAGAGAAAGGAGACCAUGGGCUCCCAGGCUUGCAGGGCCACCCCGGCCACCAGGGCAUCCCCGGGAGAGUUGGCCUCCAGGGACCAAAGGGAAUGAGAGGCCUGGAGGGAACUGCUGGCCUGCCCGGACCCCCUGGCCCCAGGGGGUUCCAGGGCAUGGCAGGGGCCAGGGGCACUGGUGGAGAGCGAGGACCCCCAGGGGCUGUGGGCCCACAGUAAGGGCUGCCGGGGCCCAAAGGGGAACGAGGAGAGAAGGGCGAGCCGCAGUCCCUCGCCACCCUCUACCAGCUUGUGAGCCAGGCCUGUGAGUCCGCCAUCCAGACACACGUGUCAAAGUUUGACUCCUUCCACGAGAACACCAGGCCCCCAAUGCCCAUCUUGGAGCAGAAGCUGGAGCCGGGCACUGAGCCCCUGGGGUCCCCUGGCACCCGCAGCAAGGCCCUGCUUCCUGGAGAAUGGAGGCAUGGUAGCCGCCACCUAGAGGGCAGAGGGGAGCCUGGAGCUGUUGGUCAGACGGGCAGCCCUGGGCAGCAGGGGGCUAGCACCCAGGGCCUCUGGGAGCGACAGGACAUUUUCUGCACUGUCCCGAGGAACCCUGCGCCUUCCUCCAUGGUUUGUCUGGACACCAAGAGCGACCACAUCUGGAAAAGCCAGGAGAAAAGCUCAGGAAGCACCUGCAGGUGGAAGGAGAGGGAAGGAGCAACCUUGGCCAAGGCCCACCCCACGCCCUUGGCUCUGUAGCAUUUCCAAGUUCAGAUAAACCACCGAGUGCUCACCCACCCAA